AUCGAAGAUGCAGUCAAUAUGCUCAAGAGUGAUAAUUCAAUCCAUUCCAUUAAUGCUGCUGUUCAUUUACAACAUGCAUGCUUUAAUAAUGAUGGAGUGAAAGCAACAAUUAAGCGAUUAGGUGGUAUUCUUCAUUUAGUUCGUAUGGUGGAUAGCAAGAAUGAAGAAAUCCAAUUAAGUGCCAUUGCAACCUUGCGUAAUUUAGCUUAUGGUAAAGCCAAUGAUGAAAGCAAAGGUGCUAUCCUUCGCCAUAAAGGUAUACCAGUUCUUGCUAAUGUCUUGCGGCGAACCGGUUCACCCCAUGUUCGUGAAGAAAUUGUACGUCUAUUGUGGAAUCUAUCAACAUUAGAAGCUGCUAAAGAACAAUUGUUAAAUUUAACCUUGGAUGUAUUAGCUAAAUUAAUCGAAGAUCAUUCAAUAUCAGCUGGUGAAGGCAGUUUAUCCGAUACUCAAUGGCCAACCAUUUAUGCCAAUGCUACUGGUACAUUACGCAAUUUAUCAUCCAGUACCAAUCUAUCAUCUCGACAGAUGAUGAGAAAAUUAGAUCAUUUAAUUAAUGCUCUCAUCACAGUCACUCAUUUAUCGGUACAACGUAAAGAUUUCGAUGGUAAAUGUGUCGAAAAUUCGGUCUGUAUAUUACGCAAUUUGUCGUAUAAUUUAGAAGAAGAAGUUGAUCAUGGUCUUGAUAUCGCUGAAGGUUAUAAAAAAAUUAAGCUCAAAAAGAGAUCGGUACUUGGUAAGAUAUUCAAUGAUCGUAAGACCAAUUUAGAAGCUAAAAGUGUCAUCUUACCAGAAAAUAAUCGUAAUAUUAAAGGCAUUGCUAUUUUAUGGCAAACAAGUACUAUUGAAGAUUAUCUAGCUAUAUUACAGGAAGGUAGAAAUACCGAUACAAUAGAAGCAGUUGUGGGUGCCAUUCAUAAUUUAACCGCUUGCAAUUGGAGAUUUUCUGGUCAUAUUCGUUAUGUUGUUCGUCGUGAGAAAGGAAUUUCAAUUUUAAGGGAUUUAAUGCAAUUUGAAGAUGAAAAAGUAUUUACAGCUGUAGUAACAGCAUUGAAUAACUUGGCUUUAGAUGAGUUUAAUAAAGAUCUCAUUGGCGAUAUUGCAUUAAGCAAAUUAAUCGAUAGAAUUCUUGGCCGUAAUAAUCAAUUCACUUUAACGGAUAUCUCUUUAUGUAGUCUUAUCAAAGCAUUAUGCGUCUUAAUGUAUAAAAAUAGCAAAAAUGCCAAUCGUUUAGUUGAUAGUGGUAUCUUGCCUCAUUUAACAGUUUUAUCUAGGAAGAAUUCAGGGCGUGGUAGAGAUGUGAUUAAAGCUUCAAAUAGUCUAUUAUUUACGUUAUGGCAAUAUAAGCAUAUUCGUUCAUCGAUUAAGAAAGCUAAAUGG